CCUGGGGCCAGGCCAGGACUCCAGCUGCCUCCGGCCCAGCCAAGACGCUUCCUGGCCCUCGCCGCCAGACCGCACUGCCCUGCCACAGCCAGAGACCCCAGGUGUCCAGGACCCCAGCUCUCCCCCCUAGGCCCCGCUGCCUGCCCAUGGAUAGAGGACCCAGGUGUCCGGGCUCCUGGCUGUCACCACUGGGCCCCACUGCCCAUCCAGACCCAGAGAGAACCCAGGCGUCUGGGCUCCCAGAGCCCCCCUCUCGCUGACCCAUGGGACAAGCUGCUGGUGAUCACUGUGGCCACAGAGCAGACGGAGGGAUACCAGCGCUUCCUGCGCACCGCCCGGUACUUCAACUACACUGUGCGGACCCUGGGGGUGAGAGCUCAGCACCCCACACUCCUCCCAAACACUGGGCUUGGCGAGAGCUGCCCCCCACUGACCUUGUGCGGGGGGGGGCAGAAGGUGCGCUGGCUGCAGGCCGAGAUGGUGCAGCACGGCGCCCACCAUGACCUCGUCGUCAUGUUCGUUGACAGCUACGACGUGGUGCUGGCUGGCAGCCCUGGGGAGCUGCUGUCGCGCUUCGCACGCUUUGGGCGCCAUGUCGUCUUCUCAGCUGAGAGCUUCUGCUGGCCCGACUGGGACCUGGCGCCUCGCUACCCCUCUGCGCCCGCCGGCACCAAGCCCUACCUCAACUCUGGGGGCUUCAUCGGCUUCGCACCUGCAAUCCACCGCCUGGUACAGCUGUGGAAGUACAAGGACGACGAUGAUGACCAGCUCUUCUACACCCACCUUUACCUCGACCCCGCUCUGCGCGAGAAAUUCAGGCUGGCGCUGGACCACAGGUCUCAGAUCUUCCAGAAUCUCAAUGGAGCCAUCGAUGAGGUGGUGCUAAAGUUCGAGAAGGACCGAACCCGGGCCCGCAAUGUAGCCUACGACACCCUGCCCGUCGUCAUCCACGGCAACGGGCACACCAAGCUAGAGGUGAGGGUGCUGGGGGUGGUUUGGGGGUGCCUGACCCUCCCCCCGCCCCCCCAUUAUCCCCGGGUGCAGGACGAGGCCCUGCCGCGGGUGCAGGUGGGAGUGUUCAUCGAGCAGCCGACCCCGUUCCUGCCCCUGUUCCUGCAGCGCCUGCUGGGCUGGAGCUACCCCUACGCCUGCCUGCGCCUCUUCAUCCACAACAGCGAGGUGCUUCAUGAGCAGCAUGUACAGGCGGCCUGGCCCCAGCUCCGUGCUGCCUUCGCCACCAUCAAGAUCGUGGGCCCGGAGGAGGAGCUGAGCGAGGGCGAGGCCCGGGAUAUGGCCAUGGACACCUGCCGGCAGGACCCCGACUGCGACUUCUACUUCAGCCUGGAUGCAGACGUGGCGCUGACAGACCCCCGCACCCUGCGCCACCUCCUCCGCCUCAACAAGAAAGUGGUGGCGCCAAUGGUGUCGCGGCCCGGGAAGCUGUGGUCCAACUUCUGGGGGGCACUGAGCCCUGACGGCUACUACGCCCGGGCAGAGGACUACGUGGAUGUUGUGCAGGGCAAGCGCAUCGGGGUGUGGAACGUGCCUUACAUCAGCCAGGCCUACCUGGUGCGUGGCACUGUGUUACGGGCCGAGCUGCAGGACCGGCACGUCUUCACGCUGGAGGACACGGACCCCGACAUGGCCUUCUGCAAGAGCCUGCGGGACAAGGGUGUGUUCCUGCACAUCACGAACCAGGAGGACUUUGGGCACUUGCUGGCCACAGCCAAGUACAACGUGUCACGGCCCUACCCCGACCUCUGGCAGAUCUUCGACAACCCCCUGGACUGGCAAGAGAAAUACAUCCACGAGAACUACACCCGUGUGCUGGACGCUGACCUCUAUGAGCAGCCAUGCCCGGAUGUGUUCUGGUUCCCGCUGGCAUCGAAUGCAUUGUGCGACGAGCUGAUCAACGUCAUGGAGACCCACGGGGGCUGGUCAGGGGGGCGUCACGAGGACGCACGCCUAUCUGGGGGCUAUGAGAAUGUGCCAACGGACGACAUCCACCUGGCGCAGGUGGGGCUGGAGCGCGAGUGGCUGCAAUUCCUACGCCAGUUUGUGGCACCUGUGACCGAGAAGUUCUUCCCGGGUUACUACACCAAGGCACAGUCGGGGCUGAACUUUGUGGUUCGGUACCGGCCCGAGAGCCAGCCAGCACUGCGCCCCCACCACGACGCCGCCACCUUCACUGUCAACAUCGCCCUCAACCACAAAGGGCAGGUUUACAAGGGCGGCGGGUGCCGGUUCCUGCGCUACGGCUGCACUGUGUCAGCCCCACGCAAGGGCUGGAGCCUGCUGCACCCUGGGCGCCUGACGCACUUCCACGAGGGGCUGCCCACCACUGCUGGCACCCGCUACAUCGCCGUCUCCUUCGUCGACCCCUAGGGACCCAGGCAUUCGGGGGAUCCAGGGGUCCGGGCCCUCCGUCCACCACCGUCGCCUUGGCUGACUGUUCGUGCCCCCCAAUGGGGACCCAGGCAUCCAAGGCCCACAGCCCCACAUUGGUCCUCUCCAUGGACCGCUACUGGGGGGCUGGCACAGAGCCCCGCCCCAGGGGGUGGGGG